UUUAGCUGUGACGGUCCCAUCUGAUGACGGAGACUUGUGUUGCCUCCGAAACGUCGUGAUUUAUUAUUUAAAUUUAUAUUAUUAUUUCUAUUAUUUUUAUUAUGUAUUUUUUACCUACGUGACUUUACCAAAAAAACCCUAAGAGUAUGAGUAUCGCCUGCUGUGUUUACUCCGAGGGGCAGACGCGUGUCGAGUCUUCACUCUCUGUGCAUGUAACUCGGGAGUGAGUGAGUGAGCGAGCGAGCGAUUUGUCCUGUGGUUGUUGUUGUUGGUAGUGGUGUUGUUGUUGGUGUUGUUGUUGGUGGUGUUGUUGGUGUUGUUGUUGUUGGUGGUGUUGUUGGUGGUGUUGUUGUUGUUGGUGAUGGAGGAGACCAUCGACCCGUGAUGUUCGCGCUCCAGGCCGUGCCGCUCCACGCCGCUGACCCAGCAGCGGCGGCGGCGUGGAGCGAGCCCCAGGCCCUCUUCUUCUGGAGCCUCCUCUUCGUCAACCUCUUCGUGUUCUACUACGCGCUCUUCUUCCUCGAGUGCCUGUGCCUCAACAUCGGCAUGGACGCCUUCUUCCCCCCCACAGACGCGCACGACGCGCUGCUCGCCCUGGGAGUCGAUCUCGCCCCGGACUUCGACCUCGACUUUCUCGACUCCGACCACCUCCUCCAGUGA